GCCGGCCCCAUUGCACCACGCCCCCGCACCCGCAAGCCCUCCGACCAUGUUUGGCGCGUUCCGUCCCACAAACCCGCUCUCUGGCGGUCUUCUCUGGAAAAUCCCAUGGCGCUUGUCUCGCCACCAGAAGCUGCGCCAGCGCUCCCGCCUCCAGCGCAUCGACAACGUCGUUGCUACCCUGGACAAGGCCCUCGCGAAGGAGGGCGUAACGACCCACAAGCUCGACCACUGGAAGGCUGAGAUGCCCACCGAGUCUGAGAUGGUGCCUCGCGACAAGUACACCGUGUACGACCGGUACGAGAAGAAGUACAGGAAGGGCAUUCACAAGGUUCCCAAGUGGACGAGGGUGUCGCAACGUGUCAACCCCCCGGGUUUCUAAGAGAGUGUGUCUGGGUGGUUGCCCUGUAUCAUAUUCGCUGUAUAUACGGAGUCUUACGGUUGCAUUGGUUGGCGCAGUCAUGGGAUAAUGCGGAAGUGAUCGAAUACCCGAAAUCACCGC